AGUGUCACACUUACACACUAUCCAUGGCACUUGCACAAUUGCCUUCUACCAGCAAUCGUCUAUCUUUCUUUAAAUCUACUUUGUUUUGGUUAAUUUGUUCUAGUGUUGCAAUUUCUCAUGGAGUGGAAAAGCCAGCAAAACCUCAUUAUCAUACGGUGAAUGUGAGUUCACUGUUGCCAAAGCCAUAUUGCACAGGACAUACCAAAGGCUCUUCUGUAGGAUCACGAAAGAUGGUAGUAACAUCUAAACGUGGACCAUGCUCACAAAUCCCUCGUACAAAGGAAAUUUCUGCUUAUGAAGAAUCUUUGCUCGAGGAUGAAAACAGAGUCCGGUCACUGAAUAAGAAAGCCUCAAAUGUCCAUUCAAAAGCUGCUGGUUCAGGAUCAAGAGUCCAAACAUCUGAUCCAAUCCUACUUGGUGGAGAGUACCUUACUACCAUUGGUUUAGGCACUCCCAAAGUAGACUACCAAGUAAUAAUUGACACAGGUAGUGACUACACUUGGGUGCGUUGCAAACCAUGCUCAAAAAGCUGCAAGUCUGAAAACCUUCUGUUUGAUCCUUCGAAGUCUUCCACUUAUUUAAACGGUUCCUGCAAACCUAACACUGUAAAUGGUGCAUUCGAUAUGAACUAUUUAGACAAAACUUAUUCUAGAGGAUAUUGGGGAUGUGACAAACUGUCCCUGGAACCAUCAGAUGUGUUUGAAAGGUUUCAAUUUGGUUGUGGUUUAACUGCUGGCAAUUUUGCUAAUGGAGCAGGGGUACUUGGACUAGGCAGAGGUGAUCUUUCACUUGUUUCCCAGACUGCUUCAAAAUUCAACAAAACUUUCAGCUAUUGUCUUCCUAAAACUUCCAGUUCCAGGGGACACAUAGACUUUGGCGAUGGUGCAAGAUCAGCAAGUUCAUCUUCUGGAUUAAAAUUCACAAAUCUGAUCAAGGAACCUCGACAAAACAUUCCACCACUUUAUAAUCGCAGCUCCCUAUACUUUCUGGAAUUGCUUGGCAUCAGUGUGGCGGGAAGCAGAUUGGAUGUUUCACCUACAAUAUUUACAUCAGUAGGAACUGUGAUCGACUCCGGAACAGUUAUCACUUACCUACCGCCAUCAGCAUAUACUGCUUUAAGUAAGAACUUUAAGCAAUCAAUGGCUGAUUAUCCACCAGCACCAUCUCAGGAGAAGUUAGACACAUGCUACGAUGUGACGGGGUAUGGAAGCAUUCAGUUACCUGAAAUUACACUCCAUUUUGGAGGUGCGACUGAUGUAAGCUUGAAUCCAUCAGGAAUUGUGUGGAUAGCAAAGAAGAAUCCAUACAUAUGGUGCUUAGGAUUUGCAGCAAAUAAAAAAUCUGAUGAUCUUACUAUUAUUGGUAAUAAUCAGCAGCGAGAACUCGAUAUUCUCUAUGACAUAGAUGCUGGUAAAAUAGGCUUUGGAACAAAACCUUGCGGAGAUUGAGAAACAAAAUCUUGCUCUCCAUAGAAUUCUGUACUUUUUCUUUUCUUGAAUAUUCGUGAACCAUCAGCAAGCUGAUGGCAUAUGUAAUUCAACAUAUAUUUUACUUUUCAAAUUUCAAAUUGGAAGUCUUUAGUUUCCCAUA